CGUUAGAAAAUCUCACAGCGCUCUUUCCAAUUUCACUUCUAAGAAGAAGAAGACAGAAAAGGGAGGAAUUGGGCUCAGUUUCUUCUUCUUCUUCUAUUAAUUAAUUAUAAAAUAUAAGCAAAAUUUUCUCUCCCUCAUCGUUUAAGCUCCGCGUUCUGCUUCCAUGGCUCAACUAACAUUAAGGAAUCUCCUGUGUUCUCUGUUUGUUGCCCAUUUUUUUCUACCAGAUGUCCUUUCUACCACUUUCACAAUAUCAAAUAAGUGUGACUACACCGUAUGGCCAGGCAUUCUUUCAAACGCUGACGCGCCGCCUCUCUCCUCCACCGGGUUCGUUCUCCAAAAGGGUGAGACCAGAACUAUCAACCCACCUGCUUCAUGGGGCGGUCGAAUGUGGGGUCGGACCCAUUGUGCAGAAGACUCCGCCGGGAAAUUCUCUUGUUUAACAGGAGAUUGCGGUUCCGGCAAGCUAGAAUGUUCUGGUAGCGGCGCUGUUCCUCCUGCCACACUGGCGGAGUUUAAGCUUGACGGUUAUGGUGGAAUGGAUUACUUCGAUGUCAGUCUUGUUGACGGGUACAAUCUUCCCGUGCUGGUAGUACCUCAGGGAGGCACUGGCCAGAAUUGUUCAAGCACAGGCUGUGUGGUGGAUUUGAACGGCUCGUGUCCGUCGGAGCUUAAGGUAACAAGCACGUCAGGGGAAGGAGUAGCUUGCAAGAGCGCGUGUGAAGCUUUCAGGCAACCACAAUACUGUUGCAGUGGCGCGUAUGCUACACCCGAUACUUGCAAGCCAUCUUCGUAUUCUGCGACCUUCAAGAACGCUUGCCCACACGCAUAUAGCUACGCUUAUGAUGACAAGACAAGCACCUUCACUUGUGCCUCUGCGAAUUACCUGAUCACCUUUUGCCCAACCCCCAAUACCAGUCAGAAAUCGUCGCAGGGGAGCACUGACGCUUCAAAUGCAAGCGCAAACGCCAACAAAUCUCUGAUGGAUGGCACCAUGGUAUACGAAGGUGCCUUGGACCAAAGUGGAGCAUCAUCACCCUCCACGUAUACCCACGUGCUGGGAUCACAUGGUAUUGCGUGCUUUGUCAGUAUCACGGUAGCAAUUUGGCAGUUGACGCACGUAUUCUAAAAUUGCUAGCGGUAGCUCGAUAAUUAGCUAGCUUUUAAAAAAUAUUAUAUAAUUACACUAUUAUAUAAUAGAUCGCGGGGUCUUGGGGAGAGAGCAGUCGACCCAAGAAGCUACAAAAAACGGCCAUCUAUAUUUUUUUGGCCCAAAUUAUAUUGUCGUUUCAGAAGUGGACCCUACAAUCUAUUUUGUUUGUUUGUACUUUUUCAUGUCCUGGGCCCUAGUGACGUGGCAGUUGAUUGGAAAUGCUCACCCGUCAAUUGAUCACCACUAGCCUCCUCUUAAAAUCCGAUUUGGCACCAUGUACCGGGUACAUGGUAGCAUAGAAGGGGCGUAGUGGUGAGUGGAGGUGGUGGUGGUGCGAAAUGCACGAAGCAGAACAGCGAAUUAGAGAUAGGAUUUUAUUUUUCCUUUAAAUCUUGUAGCUUUUAGAAUUAGAUAAUAGCAAUUCUUUUUUAAAUAUUGGUAUGGGGAUGUGAUUCAUUUAUUGGUUUCGACAUCAUAUUCAUAUGCAAUAUUAAAAAAAAAAAAUUGUAACCUACCACAUUUGGUGCCAAGACAAUGAAAUAAUUUCAAUUGUUGUCUUCU